AUGAAGGAAAACGAUGGUUCUGCGGCACGGCGAAAGCUUGGGAAGAAGAUUGGCGUCGUACUGUUAGUGUUUGUGAUAUCUAUUGGGUGUCUGUAUAUGUUAGAUCAAAAGUAUUCCAAUGCGAAUGAGGAGCAAACGGACCGACAAUCUCUGUUUAGCAAGCUCCGACGGCGACGCCUGAAGAAGCCAAUGGGUAGGGACGCCGAACGUAUCUUGGCAGCCGAUUUGAAUUUGGUGGAUAUCGAAGUGGUAUCCAGGGAACUACGGCAAGCGCCUUCGGAUAGUUAUGCGGGGAUCUAUGGGAUCUUUUGCAAAGUCAAUUGGGCAGCCCACAAAAAGGAUCCGUCGUCUGUCCCCAUGUUUCGAGAUGUCAUUCAAAAUUCCCACAAAUGCGAAAACACCCGAGUCCGACUGCCACUUUUGGAUAUUGCCGCCAUGGCCCGGGAUAUGGACGAAACGAAUUCACGACAACCUACUGAUAUCCAUGUCCCCAAACCACUCAAUGUGACGGGCGUUGUCUUUCACGAAAGUCGUUGUGGGUCUACCCUGGUCGCCAAUACACUCAUUGCCUCCAAUCCGACACAACAUCGCGUCUAUUCCGAAAGUCCUCCUCCCGUCACGGCGUUCAAAGUCUGUGGCGAUGCGUUUGAACUCUGCACCAUCGAUCAGGCCGCCAUGAUUGUUCGAGAUGUCUUGUACAUGAUGAGUCGGACCAACGAUCCGUCCGAAGAACGCGUCUUUUUCAAAAUUCAAUCCGUGGGCAGUAAGUACAUUCACGUCUUUCGACACGCAUUUCCCGAUACACCCUGGAUAUUUGUCUACCGCGAACCCGUACAAGUCAUCAUGUCGCAUCUGGCACGAGGUUACAAGCAGGCCAAUUGUUUACGAUCGUUGCAUCGACCUCCCCUCGCCACACUACAAGUCGCCAAACGACACGGACAUUACUCCACAUCCGACUUGUCACCGGAACAAUUCUGUGCCGCUCAUUUGGCUACCAUUACCGAAUCGGCCUUGUCCAACAUUCAACAAAGUAAUGGAAAAGGUCGUGCCGUCAAUUACGAUACCCUCCCGACAAGCAUGUACGAGACCAUUCUACCCACGCACAUGGGAGUUCCUAUUGGCCAACCGCAUAUUGAUCGCAUAUUGGCUGUGUCGGAAAUGUAUUCCAAAGGACGAGGGAAUCGCAAAAAGGAAUGGCAAGAAGAUAGCACGGAAAAAACGAAAAGUGCCAGUCGGGAAAUACGGGAUGCCUGCCAAGAGUUCUUGUCCGAAUCCUAUCAAGCGUUGCAAGGAGUGCAAUAA